CUUGCCUGUGUUGGUGGAUUAUUAACAGAGGUUAUUGGUCUCCAUGGCAAAAUGAUUGCUCUGCGCAUAAUCUCAUUUAUGGAGUGCAGAAAAAAAAAAAAAGGACUUCAGGUCAGGGAGAAUGUAUAAAUGUCCAUCGUCAUCAAGGGUGUGCUACAUCUGAGAAGCAGAAGCAACUCCAAGGACACAGCUCACAGGCUGAUUUGGCUCUCAGCUCCAAAAUACGGAUUGAACUGGGGACAUUUACAAGGACGCUCCGGCUGAUAACUUUGAAGAGACCCCGUGAAGGAGGCGCUGAAGAGCCUUGUAUCGCAGACCUGUAUUGUGCUUCCCCAAUAUGUGCACGGGGGGCUGCGCCAAGUGCCUGGGGGGCACCCUCAUCCCCCUCGCCUUGUUUGGCUUCCUGGCUAACAUCCUGUUAUUCUUCCCUGGAGGAAAAGUGAUAGACAAUAACGACCACCUUUCUGAAGAGGUCUGGUUUUUCGGAGGAAUAUUAGGAAGCGGGGUCUUGAUGAUUUUCCCUGCGCUGGUGUUCUUGGGCCUGAAGAACAAUGACUGCUGUGGAUGCUGCGGCAACGAGAGCUGUGGGAAGCGAUUCGCGAUGUUCACCUCCACAAUAUUUGCUGUGAUUGGAUUCUUGGGUGCUGGAUACUCAUUUGUCAUCUCAGCCAUCUCCAUCAACAGGGGUCCUAAAUGUCUCAUGGACAAUAGCACGUGGGGCUACCCCUUCCACGAUGGGGAUUACCUCAAUGAUGAGGCGUUAUGGAGCAAGUGCCGGCAGCCUGCCGAUGUGGUUCCCUGGCAUCUGACCCUCUUCUCCAUCCUGCUGGUCAUAGGAGGAGUCCAGAUGCUUCUCUGUGCCAUCCAGGUGGUCAACGGCCUCCUGGGGACCCUGUGCGGAGACUGCCAGUGUUGCAGCUGUUGUGGGGGAGAUGGACCAGUUUAAAUCUCCUUGGUGAGCUGUUCUAACUCGACGGCAGUUGGGACGUUACACUAAACUCAUUCUUCUUUCUGGGGUUGGCACUCCCCAUCUGCUUCCCUGACAAAGUUUAGGGACAGCGGAACUAUCCUUUCCACUUUCCAAGACAGCUUAGCUCACGGCUUAGCUCAACUUAGAUGUUUAUGCUAUUUUCAAAUAAAAAAUAGUUUGGCCACUUCAGUGAGGUUGCCAAAUCUUUCAAAUUAGCUUCCUUUUAGAAUUGAAGAACAGGUUCAAAGCAAAUUUUUCAUGAUUUUUCUUUUCUAGUGAAAGAUAUGUAAAGUCACAUGUACUGCCACACUGCUUCUUUGUAUAUAGAGCUGUUUAUAUCUCUGGAAGUUUUACAUAAUUCAUAGGAGAGGAGCCCAUUAAAAAUGAGAAACUAA